CAAUAUAUCGUCCCUUAUUUCCACCUAUGUCUUCAUCUCAAGAGAACAGCGCUGCACAAGCACUGCCCGAUGGUACAAAGAUUGACCUUCUUUACUGCCAUGUCCUCCCAAAUGCCCCUACCUUCAAGUUAGCCACACUAAAAGUCACUUAUCAGCCCGGCGCAUUUACAGAGAGGCACAGACACGGAAAUGCCUUUGUCAGUGCAUCAGUUCUGUCGGGCCGAGUCCAAUCACAAAUCAAUGACGGUCCUGUAGAAGAGUUUGGAGAGGGUGACUCUUGGAGUGAAAACCCUGGCGAUAUCCAUUCAAUCAGCCGCAACGCUAGUCAGACUGAAGUUGCAUCUUUCAUCGCUACUUUUGUGUGUCCUGUGGACCAAGAGGAAUUCGUCAUUUUUGACUGUCCUGCUUGCAAGGUUGUCCAAAACGCAUAGGUUAGCUCCAGGAAGGAUUCAGACAUGUAGUUUCGUCGAGCGCGUGCCAGUAAAUGGAGACAAUAUGAUCAGCUGCUGUGAUGGGAUUCCCUCAGGCUUACUAUGUAGCUUAGAUUAAUUGCGUUUAUUUUACUGGAAUGAUAGUAUACCUCGUCGUUUACAAAUUUUGUUGGCACACUGCCUUUGUCCAUGUAACUCUGCGUUCAGAAUGCAAAAUAACUAAGCGAUAAAAAGGCGUCUGCAGUUUAAACAC